AUGACAAGAUCUAGAUCAAGAUCACCACGAUGGAAACCACGGUCCUUAUCUCCAGCAUUUCGGAGUCCAGAGCACCAUAGACAAAGGCAUGCUCAUAUUAAUUAUGACUGUGAAUAUAAAAGCUUUCGUAAGGACCCAAAGAAACCUAUGCCUUGGAGAACAGAAGAUGAAAAAUACGGACAAAGCAAUUCCAGAUUUGCACCUCAUAGAAGUAACCAUCAGAGAAUAUAUGAACGUAGAUCACCUUCACCAAACUUGAAAAGAAUUCCCAUGGAAGAUACUUACAGUCAUAAGCCCUACAGAACACAUUCAUCCGAAAGAACUGAAAGCAAUAGAUGUCGUCAGUUACCACCGAAAUACUCAGAAAUACCAUAUAAAGAGCAUGAUCGUAUGUUUUACCAACACAAAAUGGAAGAAAGAUACAUGUUUGAGUACUACAAAGUCACUGGAGAUGAAAAAGGAACGAAACCUUUUCAUAGACCGUUAGGGGCUUCAUGUAAACUUGAAAGAAAAUGGCAUGAAGAUGACUUGAGGCACCAGAGGUUACAUGAAGAGAAGUAUGGUCAGUCACCCAGAAGAGUUUCUGAUGAAUUUACGACAAGGAGCUCUUUACAGAAGAGGUAUCCUGAAGAUCACGAUUACAGAGAAUAUGGGCACACGUCUAAAAGGGCUAAAGAAAUGGAGAGGUAUGACGGUGGAGAAGUACCAAGAAAUUCCAAGUGGAAGGAAGAACGUUCUUUUCCACCCUACCAAGAAAAGGAGGAGCAAAGAAAUCUGGGCGGCCAGUCCCACCGUUCGGCUGAAAGGGAGUACUCGGAGGGUUCUGUCACAAAGAUAGCCUAUGAGUACAGUCACAAACGGCGUGGGCAUCUGGAUGGGGAAAAGCCUUUUUCAGACGAUAGAGCUCAGAAGUAUGUGAAGCAGGAAGACCAGAAAUAUGGUUCCUCUAAGGGUGUCCGGAAUAGCAAAGAGUUAGAUUACUUUAGCGGUGGAAGAGCGAGACGGACUGAAGAGGGGCACAUUGAAGCACCUGUUAAAUAUAGUUCAAAGAAGGGCUGCAAUGCUUGUGUUAACUCUUCCAAAAUGGAUGUUGAUCCGAGAUCUUUUAAAAACAAACCGAAGGAAAGAGUAAGGAAAGAAGGGGAAUUCAGGAAAAAAGUAGAUUCCUCCGAUAGCCAGCAUGAUUCAAGUCACACUGUUUCAGAUGUGAAAAUGUCAGAUGUCAACUGUAGGAGGGAACAUCUCACAAUCAAAGUGGAUAUGAAGAAAAUGUUGACCAAGUACAGGACUGCUUCUAGCCAUACUACAGAGAGACAGAUGUCACAUGAUCUGGUUGCUGUUGGCAGGAAAACCGAAAAUUUUCAUCCGGUGUUUGAGCACAUGGAAUCUGUAACACAAAAUGUUGAAAACGACCCAUCAAGAGAAUUUACUCAGGAAAUAAUUACAAUUAUCCAUCAAGUUAAAGCAAAUUAUUUUUCAUCUUCUGACAUAACUCUACAUGAACGGUUCUCAAAAAUUCAGGAUAAACCAAUUGCAAAUAUGAAUGAAGUUAAAAUACGUUUGGAUCCAGAAAUUCACAGGAGGAUUGACAUGUCUCUAGCCGAACUUCAGAACAAACGAACUGUGCCAUCUGAAUCUCCCCAGAACAUUAUGAGAGUGUUAGAAGAUCCGAAUGAUCUGCGGCAUGAUAUAGAAAGGAGAAGAAAAGAGAGAUUGAAGAAUGAAGAUGAGAGAGUGUUUCAUGUAGAUAGCAUAACUCCAAGGUAA